AUGGCAUGCUCACUCAACGAUGACGUGCUCUAUCGAGUCCUCGAUUAUCUUUCUCAAGAAGACGUCCAUACCUGUUUGGCAGUGCCCCGACUCCAACCUUUGGCUCAGGAAUUAAUCAACCAUAAAGCCGUGAUCAAUUUAUACUACCGUCCAAACUACCGGGAACUUACCCAAGGUUGCCGAGAACAUUCUAUGGAAUUCCCGCCCGUGUACAACCAAGAGUGGUCGUUCAGUCUUCCGUUCUCUUCGCGAGACACUUUGGAACAAUAUGGCCUCGACUUGAGCAUAUUCCAUCGUAUCAACCUUUUUUUUGUGAUUGGGGAAUUCUUUGACGACUCAUACGUCGAAGGAUUGAAGUUUUUGAGCACUAUGCUGAAUAAGAAUGUCCUGCUACAUAUACAUUGGCGCUGUCAGUUUGACUAUAAUUGCGUGGAACGGAUCACCAACAUUGUCAAAGACAAUCGAGUGAGAAUAUACAUGUUCGCCAAGUGUUGUCAUGGUGGAGAUUACAGUAUUGGCAAUUAUGGUACUGAAAUCACUUUGUGUUGUCGUCGAACCUCCAUUAUUCCCCCUGUGAGAAUUCUUGUCAACUCAGAGACUACAAAACUCGGUAUUAGGGCUCACUACGAAUACAGUGAACCUUUCUUGAGUCUUGAGCCAUCUAUGGAAACAUCGAUGCUUACUGACCUUGCAUUAGAUAGUGCCACCAUCGACAUCUCCAUGGUUGCCCAAAAUUUUCCGGCUCUCGAAAAGCUCAAACUAGAGAGAAGCACAGCAAAGGACCUUCUGAUAUUCAAUCAAUUUCGAUGUUUGCGUCAUCUUGAGAUAUUCAAUGCUACCAUCAACGAGAUGACACCUGUCUCAUUGAACAUUCCUCUCAAGAGUUUCCAUUUCCAGCAAAUCAAAGGAAUUUCUAGCAUUGAGUAUCUAAAUUUCCCGCAUUGCACUCAAACUAUCGAUGUUAGCCGCAACAGUCUUGAGAAGUUCAGUUGUACAAACUAUGGACCGUUGCUUACUCUUGAUUUAUCGUACAAUUGUCUCACCACAAUCGAGCUCUGUGACCAAUUUGUCGACACAAUUGAUCUUCUGUAUAAUCAAAGGGUGCUCAGUGAUAUUGUUCGCUUUGGCAACAUUGACCUUGCACGUCGGCUUUUCACUAGUUGUCGGAGGUUAAUCAUGCGAGGGUGUCACAUCACUGACCGUCUUAUAAUCCGACUUGGAGAACUAAUGGCGGACGAAGAUUUGCAAUACACUGUGGAAGAAUGGAUCCUCAGUAUAAACAAGAUCAUUCUGAUGAAGUCUUUUGAAGCCCCAUUCUACCACCAAUUGCCUCUUCAAAGUUUAGGAUUGGCAUUCAAUAACUUCACCAAAGUGGCCUCGAUUUCGCACCCAUCGCUCGGUGUGGUGGAUUUUACGGGCAACAAAGAUCUCAUACUGGUUACUCUGUCUGAUUCGGUGUUAUUCACAAUCAAUAAUACCCCACUUGCUCAGCAAAUAUAG